AUGGAUUUAUCCAACCUAUUUGGUUAUGAAGAAUCACAAUAAUAGCCAUUAAUACAGCCAUUUAUACAGCCACAAAAAGUAAAUGAUGAGAAGGAGUCAAUUAUAUAAAUAAAAAGGAAUAUUACAAAAAAGAACAAGAAGCUUAAUCUCUUUGAUUACAGAAUGGCCGUAAAGCCAAGCAAAAAAGCCAGCACUAAAGAAUAAGGCCCAAUGAAUAAUAUAGGCACAAACUAAGCAAAACAUCUAAAUGAAACAACAUUACUCAAAAUCUUAGAAUAUAGCGAAGUUCUUAGAUCUAUGCUUUGUAAUGUUGAUAACUUGGUAAAAAAAUAAUUAUAAGAAUCUAAUGAAGAUAAAUUAGUGAUCUCAAGGCAAGAAAUAAAUAUUGAUAGUUUGUAAAAUUGCUUGACUAAUUGUCUAUUAUAAUUCAUACGUAUUUAAUCCAACGAUCCUAAUAAUCUUUUUGAAAACUAAAAUAAUUGCUUUAGCUUAAGUAUGAUUUCAGCUUAAAAAGAAUUAAGGGAUAAUCAUAUUUUGUAAAAACAUCUCCUUUAACAUUCAUCGAUAAAGUUUUCUGGAACUUAAAAACACGAAUCUAUCAAACUUGCUAAGAUGAGACUAUAAGCCACAUCAAAUUUAUAUGGAUGUGCUAUAUGUGAAGAGAGCUUAAGUAAAGAAGUUGUUUCAAAAUUUGCAUUCAAAAUUAAUAAAAUUGAUGGGAAUAUUUCAAUUGGUAUUUGUAAUAAAGAUAUCAUGGCUAAAUAAAAUUAUUAACACACAGAUUCCAAUCAAACUGAAGGUUUGUAUCUACUCGAUAACUGUGGUAGGAUGUAUCCUAAUAGUGGAAAUCAAGUGAUGUAUGGAUAACCCUUUGAAUUCGAAGAAUCAAAUAUUAUUAUAGUAAUUGUUGAUUUCUAAAUGUAAUGUAUAAAAUGGAAAAAGUACAACCACUAGUCUAUAAUUGUAUAAUUGUUACCUUAAUUUUAGUGCAUUCCUUUUAACAUUAAUUAUGAGUUAUCUCCUUGUGUAGUGUUCUCAAAACCACCAUAAUUUAGGAAAACAUCCUAAGUCACAAUUGUAAACCCAAAAACUUUAAGAGUAAUAGAUGGUUCUUGUAAUUUUUGA